AUGCCACGCGAGAACAAUGGCUCGACUAAGCGUAAGAGGGCGCAUGAGGAACUCGAGGAGGCCUUGCGCGAGAACGAGCGUGUCUACGCGACCCCUGUGCAAGAGGACAAGGACGCGCGAAAGCGACGUCAGACCAAGCGAAGGAAAAGGGUUACGACUUGA